CUUUCACUCACCAGCCACCGAAAAAGGGAACCUAACAACAGAAAAGCGCUGUUUCCAGAGGAAAAGUACCAGCAGAGCAGUGUUGGAGGACAAACAUCUCUUCUCUCUGCAUGGUCUGGUGGUCCUCAGCUCUCGGCCAGCCUGCUGCCGCUCGCGCGUUUCCACAGCUGGUGGCUUUCUGUAACAGACACCGUUCGGCUCGUGAGCGUGUUUUCUCCUCUGCGUGAAGACGCUGUCUGUCAUCUUCACUCUUUGCCAAGACGUAAAACACAGCUAGUUUCCCACCCGAGCUUGAGGUGAACAUCUGGACGAAGCGAGCAGUCAUGGGCAACAGUGUGUCCGGCAUUUCAACACUACAGAGAGGACAGCAGAACAGAUUCCAGAGACUUCCAAACUCGCACAAAGACUCUCUCGGCGGACCUUUCCCCUCCUCCACUCACCGAUGCCACCACAAGCCAAAGCGCUGCUUACCCCUGCAGCCCUGCAUGGGCCUCCCCGUCAGUCCUCUGCUUUUCCACCCCAGCGCCAAGGGUUCACAGAUCGUCAUGGAUCUGGCCCAGAGGACUGUGAAGAGGCAGGCCAGCUUCUGCAACGCCAUCACCUUCAGCAACAGACCCAUAACCCUCUAUGAGCAGGUCCGCCUCAAGAUCACGAAGAAGCAGUGCUGCUGGAGUGGGGCUCUGCGCCUGGGCUUUACUUCCAAAGACCCAUCGCGCAUCAACCCAGACAGUCUGCCUAAAUACGCCUGCCCAGACCUCGUCUCCCAGAGUGGCUUCUGGGCUAAGGCUCUGCCGGAGGAGUUCGCCAAUGAGGGCAACCUUGUGGCCUUUUGGGUGGACAAGAAGGGCCGCGUCUUCUACCGUAUCAAUGACUCCAGCCCCAUGCUGUUCUUCAGUGGCGUACGCACCGUCGAGCCUCUCUGGGCCCUCAUUGAUGUCUAUGGACUGACCAGAGGGGUGCAGCUACUUGACAGUGAAAUCGUCCCACCAGACUGUCUCCGUCCCCGCUCCUUCACCACAGUCAGAGGCUCCUCCUCGCUGCGCCGUGAGGCCGACGCUUCCCGCCUGUCGGUCAGCCUGUGUGACCUGAACCUGCAGCAGGACGAGGCCAGGCUCCGCCUCCCUCCAGCCCCAGCCGCCUGCCCCAUCCCCCAGAAUUCCCUCAACUCCCAGCAGUCCUCCUUUCUCCCCCCGAUUCUGGAGAGCGACCUGCGCUUCCACCAACUCCGUGGUGCCCAUAUCAAGACACUGGACGAGCAGACGGUGGCCCGGUCCGAACAUGCUGGCCUGCGUGAAGAGCGCACCCUUGUGUUCACCGAGCGUCCACUGCGGUCCGGUGAGACUAUCUUCAUCAAAGUGACCAAGUCCAGUCCGGCCCGGUCCGGCUCCCUCUCCUAUGGCGUCACAUCCUGUGACCCAUCCGCGCUGCGCCCCAGUGACUUACCGUACAACCCAGAGGCGCUGGUGGACCGUAAAGAGUUCUGGGCUGUCUGUAGAGUGCCCGCUGUGCUGCAGAGUGGAGAUAUACUGGGCUUUCUGGUCACACAAGAUGGUGAGGUGAUUCUGAGCCAUAACGGAGCAAGCGCUGGGAUGCAGGUGUGCGUUGAUAACUCCCGCCCGCUCUGGAUGUUCUUCGGACUGCACGGUGCCGUCACACAGCUGAGGAUUCUGGGCUCCACCCAUCUGGGUGAUCCUCGCGGCCUCUCCAGCCCUGGAUCGCCCUCAUCCUCACCCCACUCACCCGGAGGAGGCCUUUGCAGUGGAAGCUCAGAGCCCACACUGAAUGGAGGCUGCUCUGGAGCUUUCUGCAGCUCAGUUGGAGGAACAACCCCGAGUUCGCCCAUCAACCUCCCUAAAUCCCCCACCUUCCCCUCAUCCUCCAGCUCCUGGCCAGACGAGUGCUCCAUCUGCUACGAGAACACAGUGGACACGGUCAUCUACGCCUGCGGUCACAUGUGUCUCUGCUACACCUGUGGCUUGCGCCUCAAAAAGAUGGCCAACGCCUGCUGCCCGAUCUGUAGGAGGGCCAUUAAAGAUAUUAUAAAGACCUACCGGAGCACAUAGGAGACAGAGCCCACUAAUACACGGAGUCCCUUAAGGGCCGUAACAAAACAAAAAGAGACCCUCACACAUGGGGAAGGAAACGUCGCUUCUCAGAGAUUUCCUCUGUGAUACUUCUUGGGUUUUCGGUUCCCAUGGCGAUGACUUUUGAACCUUGAACCUCGAAGGCUCAGGCAUCCAUCCGCAAAAAGGUCUCUGGUGUUUCAUGCGCGAGCCUUUGUUGCUACGAUAACCGGUCGUGUCACUACUCAGGAUAGGAGGCUGAGAUUCUGACUAAAGCUUUCCACACAUAAGGAAAAAGGAAACUGAAAUCGUGUAAAUAACCUCACACAAUUCAGGAAGCUUCAGACAAUGCUCAGGAGACAUCAAACUCGAAGGUCUCCUUCUUUGUUUCCCCUCUAUUUGAGCCAUAUGAGACUCUGCGAGUCUUGUCCACUUGCCUAGGCGCAAAAUUCUCUUUAGCUGGAAGCCGUAUUUAACGUAGAUGACAGAUUUGGAGGUCAGUGUGAUUUUCUUCAACCUGUUGUCGGUCCUCAAAACUUAAGAUGCUUUCUGUCGAAGGACAUGUUUCAGGGUCACAAUUUUUGUCUGUGUACAGCUGAGACUGAGUAAAAAGAUAAAAGCGCAUAUGUAGAGCGUGUCCCAACCUCCUGAGAGGCUCAUGUUAGAGCUAGUGCUUAAGCUACUUCUCCAGAUAGCUUGCUGUUGCUACAUGCUCUGAAGUCAGUGUUGCCCUAUUGAGUUUAACUGGUGCAAGGACCUUCAAGGACUGAUGACAGUGCGAUGUUGUGUUAAGCAAUGUAAUCUGAAGCCUCAGUUGUCACGUGUGGAGUCAGCGUUGUGCUCAUGCUGGAAAUCUGUAAUGCUAAGUUGAACUGAAUCUGGAAAGCAACGUGUAAUUUGACACAGUGUCUAAAAGCCCCCAAGCAACUGAAUAGCCGAUCAGAAAUGCAAGGUUUAAUUAAACAGAUCCAUAUGCAAGGAAAUGGGACGCAAAUGGUCCCCUUCGGAGAGAAAAACAGCAUAAUGGAUCUUUCAGGUGUAAUCUGAUGUUAGCCCAGGUCAGAACACCGUAAUCAAAGCUGCAUUCACUGCAAAUUCUGUCAGUUUUGCCAUUCAAGUGCUCAAAACAGCUUCUUGAAGUGCACCACACAUGCGAUUGCCAUGGAGACCAGAAUCUUGGGCGAAAGAACACAGCCUUGAGGCCUUAGACAAUGAAAGGAUCAUUUGUUUUGCCGAGUUAAUCCAUAUUUCUCCGAGUACCCUCCUUAUUCAAGGCCAAAUGUGGUGUGUUGCAGGAUAACAGCUACUUGAGGGCAGUGAGGAAAGGUAAAGCUGAAGAAAUUUGACUGGCUGUGAGGAGGAAAAAAUAUUAUUGCUGGCUUAUUUUCCUGCUAGCAUUGGAAAAAAUUGGGAAGGCUCAAAAAUACUGAAAGAGUCAAUUAUACUAAUCUGAUGUUUGCUGGGUUUUUAAAUAGGAGCUGAUUGGGACCACUGUGGUUUCCGAAAAUGAGGAUUUCAGCAAGUCGUUUUUGCCUUAAGAACACAGAAAUUGAGUGGUUUUAGCCAUAAACAGUCCUGGAUGGGCUGAUGAUGUCACGAGGAUACAGCCUCUGUUGCUAGUUGAUGUAGUUUUAUAUUCGUCCAUCAUGAGUUCCUCAAUUAAGGGUGCAUUUAGCAUCCAUUUAAAUAUUGUUAAAAGAGUGUAUGGUGUCCAUUACAACGCUAAACCAAUUACAUUUACUCUGAAAGCGUAUUAGACUCUUACUCUUCCACCACUGAAGUUCAGCUUAUCCAUGACAGCUGCAAAAUGAGCUUCUCAUAAUGAGUGCUUUUCAGCUUUAGUGUUUGGGAGUUAUAAUUAGUGGUGGGCGACAUAUCGUCUGUGUAGCUUCACACAACGAUAUAGAUUUUUUUAGUUUUAGUGAAGUGAUAGACAAAGAGCAUUAUAGCCAUGCUAACAUUCUAUUUAAUGCAUUUUACGAUGGUAGAAAUUCUCUUUAUAUGAUUCUCUUUGAUAGUUUUAAUAGAAGAAAGCAAAACAAAAAAACAGUCAAAACAAGGUACAUCGGAUUUAUAAGGGACACGAUUUUGAUUUAGAGGCAGGUAAUUACGAGAUUUAAGAUAACACGAAAGACAUUGGCACCAUUGAUAAACAUGUUAACGCUGACAUGUAUAAUAAUAUAUAUAGUCCAAAUCUCUUUUCCAUCUGGUUCAGAUUGUGAUGGUCUCAGUUGUACAGCUCCCAGUGUUUGGAAACAGUUAAAAUGAUCUUUAAUUAUGACUAUAGACUGCAUCCUCAGCAUAGACUGAUCAGCUCUGGAUGUCACAUGGCACUUUUUUGGGGCAGUUUUUUCUUUUAACUUAAACUCACUGUUUAAAAGACCGAAUUUCAGUCGCAGUGCACGUUUUUCAAUAGACAACAAUGCAAAGAAGCACAUUUACUCAUUCACAUCUCCUGAACUCCCCCUAAGACAUUUCUUCCCAUACAGUAAGUAUUUGGAAUUUUAUCCAUACCCCCCAGCUCUAGUUAUCGUAUCGAACUAGGAAAGAUUGCAGUAUUUUAACUGCAUAUCAGGGACAUAGUCACUGAGCAGCCUGCAAGCUUGUGUGAAUCAGUUGUGACAACUGGGGCCCAAAUCUAUGCUGCUAAAGCAUUAGCCAGCUCUUUUAACAGGCAAUGCUGAAAUUGACAUGCGUUGUACAUCGUCACUCUCGUACACUUUAUCGCUGCUGUCGCAAGAAAACCUGCAAGUUUAUUUUUUUGUAUAUAGAUUUGAAAGCUGGAUGUCCUUUUUAUGUAUUCUAGGCUUCAGUGAAAAUUCAGCUCACGUUUCUUUGUGAUAAUUAGGUCGAAGCGGUGGAAAGCCCCGUCAUUCUUCUCCUCUAAUGAAAACAUGUCGUGUUCAUGACAGCAACACUAUAUUUUUAAGCUGUGCGCUGUCGCUUUGAAGUGGUUAUUCACUUUUGAAUGUUAAUUUAUGUUAAUUGGUAAUAACCUGAACUUCUAGAAUAACAUUAUCCAAGGUGUUUCUUUAAUGCUUUGCUACGGUUUGGUUGGUAAUCAUGAUUGUCUUUGAUCUGUGCUCCUCUCUGGGUUACACUGCAGUGUAGUUCUUGAAAAACUAAAGAGGAGGAAGACUAUCUUGUACCGUGAGCUAUACUGUGCAGUGAAUCUAAGUGGGGCUUUGCAGUAAACAAUCACUAAUGCAUUUCUUCUGGGCACAAGACAAGCACAGGCAUAUGAUCAUGCACAAUCCCUUUAGUUUCAGGUUGCUUUGGUCUGUUUCUCCUCCGUGUCCUUUUAGAGCUUGUGGGUGUCUUUUUUUUUUUUUUUUUUUUUUUUAAGAUCUGAUUAGCUUAAAUAUCAGCAGUGCAGUCAUUUCUAUAAGCAUAACACUUUAAGCAGUAGACGUGUGGAAUUCAAGGCAAGAAGUCAGUAAGAAAAGUCCUGGAAAGGGAAAAAACAGAUCACAUUUAAGUUAUAAACUUAUUACUUAAUGGAACUUGAUUUUCUUUUUUUUAUUUCCCCCUCUCGUCUGAUAGGUCUUGUGGUGUUUACAGGCCUCUUUGUAUUUUUAAGUCACUUUAUAAAGUAUUUGAUUGUACAUUUCUAAAACCCCUUAUCCCAGGGGUUAGAGAUACAUCUUUAUGUUGAUGUUCUGACCAAAUUAUUAAUCCAAUAUGGACGAAGCUGAUAAUCCUGUCCCAAAAUGAAAUAAUUUAUGAUAGAUGUACCAAACUAGCUGUGAAAUAGUAUUAUUUAUUUUGAGCUUGUCCCCUUUACCUUGUAUAAUAUUGAAUUUUACAUUUGUCCAAAGCAGAGCUAUCUUGUAUAGUCUAGUUUUUCAUACAUACAGUAAAUACAUUGGGAUGGUUUAAUAAGAAGGUUUUUCGCUCUAUUUAGUUGUACUGAGGGCUACAUUAGGACAUGCAGUCCCACACUACAGCUGGCUUCACUUUUGAUUGUCGUCGACCCUGUAAUGUACUUUAUUUAUGUAGUGUAUGAUGUGUUGACUGUUUAGAAUAUAUGGUACAGAUAAUCACCUUUUAGUGUUCUUUUACAGGACCUUUUUUGAUCGAAUUGUUGUUAUUAGGCAGCCAUAUUAGCUGUUUUUACCAUUGCAAUGCAACAUGGCCAUUUUGGAGUGCACAUUGGUAAUUUAUUCAAGGAUCUAUAGAUAUACUGUCAGUAAUGAAUUUUAAAACCACUGCGUCAGUUAUUUUAAGCACUAAAAGUUUUAUUUGUCCAUUUUGCCACAUAAGUGUUCACUCACUACCCAUUGGUGAACAGUGGGACCAAACAGAUGAAUCACAUGGUUAUGAUUACCAAUGCAGAGGCAAAUGAAUCAAUCAGUCCAUCAACGAUUCACCCAUUAGAGCAAUUGCGGUUGGUGUGGAAAUGCAUUUUUCCAUCAUGGAAAUGUCCAGUGUGUUUAUUUUGAAGCUAGUUUCGCAGUCGGUGACUGGUUUGUAAGCAUUGUUUAGCGUGAGUCAUAAAUGAUUGUGUCAAUAAACUUUCCAAAUGUGUUUCAGAUA